AUGCGCAGUCGAAGAAACCCGACGGCGAAGACGACAGCAGAGGAAGGCAAGAUUUACAAGUGCUCGAAAGCGUACUCUGGCCAGUACUUGGAAAACUACACGGGGCACCACAUGACUGUCUACGCCGUUCGAUGGAACCCGUUUCGCGAGCGGUGCUUCUUGAGCUGCAUUGCGGGCUGGACGGUCAAGUUGUAG